AUGAGUGGACAAGUUGAAGUGUCAAAUCGGGAGAUCAAAAGCAUCUUGGCCAAGAUAGUGAAUGCAAACAUGAUUGAUCGGUCUCGAAAUCUUGAUGACAGCCUAUGGGCGUAUCACACUGCAUACAAAACACCUAUCGGUAUGUCUCGAUAUCAGCUAGUUUUCGGUAAAUCUUGCCAUCUACCAGUUGAAUUAGAACACAAAGCUUUGUGGGCAUUGAAAGCUCUAAAUUUGGACUGGACCAAGACUUCAAAAGAGAGAGUAGACCAGUUAAAUGAGCUAGACGAAUUCAGGUUCAAGGCUUACGAAAGAAAGCUUAAGUCCAAAUGGUCAGGGCUGGUUAGAGUGACACAAGUGUUUACAAACGGAGCCAUCGAGGUUGAAGGUCAAGAAGGACCUGUAUUUAAGGUGAAUGUGCAACGCUUGAAGUUAUACUAUGGCGAGUACCAAGAGAUUUCUCUAAUUGAGGUGGUGUACCUGGAAGAUGCUUGA